UCUGCGCGCGGCGCGGAGCGAGCGGCGGCGGCGCCAUGGCCUCGGGUGGGUGUAACCCAUACAUUGAGAUAUUUGAACAGCCCAGGCAGAGAGGAAUGCGUUUUAGAUACAAAUGUGAAGGGCGAUCAGCAGGCAGCAUUCCAGGGGAGCGCAGCACCGAAAACAACCGAACAUACCCGUCUAUCCAGAUUAAGAACUAUUGUGGAAAAGGAAAAGUGAGAAUUACUUUAGUAACAAAAAAUGACCCAUAUAAACCACAUCCUCAUGAUUUGGUAGGAAAGGACUGCAGAGAUGGCUACUAUGAAGCAGAAUUUGGACAAGAACGCAGACCUUUGUUUUUUCAAAAUUUAGGUAUUCGAUGUGUGAAGAAAAAAGAAGUAAAAGAAGCUAUUUUUUCAAGAGUAAGAGCAGGAAUCAAUCCUUUCAAUGUCCCUGAACCACAGCUGUCUGAUAUUGAAGAUUAUGACCUCAAUGUGGUGAGAUUAUGUUUUCAAGUUUUCCUCCCUGAUGCACAUGGUAAUUUGACAACUGCUCUACCUCCCGUUGUCUCUAACCCAAUUUAUGAUAACCGUGCUCCUAAUACUGCAGAAUUAAGGAUUUGUCGUGUAAACAAGAAUUGUGGAAGUGUCAGUGGAGGAGAUGAAAUAUUUCUACUCUGUGACAAAGUUCAGAAAGAUGACAUAGAAGUUCGGUUUGUAUUGAAUGAUUGGGAAGCAAAAGGCAUUUUUUCACAAGCUGAUGUACAUCGUCAAGUAGCCAUUGUUUUCAAGACUCCACCAUAUUGCAAAGCUAUAAUGGAACCAGUAACAGUGAAAAUGCAGUUGCGGAGACCUUCUGACCAGGAAGUUAGUGAAUCUAUGGAUUUUAGAUAUCUGCCAGAUGAAAAAGAUACUUAUGGCAAUAAAGCAAAGAAACAAAAAACAACUCUAUUUUUCCAGAAAAUAUGGCAGGAUUGUGCAGUUAAUUUUCCUGAAAGACCUAGAACUGGUCCCCCAGGAUCAAGCGGAGAAGGAAGAUACAUCAAAAAAGAAUCGAACUUGUUUUCUCACAGUCCGGUUUUAACAGAAAUGGCCAGACCUUCAGAAGUUUCAAGUCAAGCAGAAUCCUACUAUUCCUCGUCUGUGACCAUUUCAAGUGCAUUGUCACAUCAUCCCUCAGCCAUACCCUCGAUGGUACCUCAGACUCCUUCAAGCUGGUCAUCAGUGGCCCCAUCCACUUCACACUCAGGCAGUACAAAUCCAAGUAGUUUUCCAACAGGGACGCUUCCCUCUAAUUCACAAGGUAUCUCAUCACUCUUGGAAAUACCAGUUGUGAAUGAUUUGAAUGCUUCUAAUGCUUGCAUUUAUAAUAAUAUUAGUGAUAUAGGCAGAAUGGCAGCAUCAUCCAUCUCACCACCGGAUUUAUAUGGUAUUUCUGAUACCAACGUGCUGCCUAACUGUCAUGUGAAUAUGAUAACACCUAGUAAUGAUAGCAUGAGGGACACUGAUAAUCCAAGACUCAUGAGCAUGAAUCUUGAAAACCCCUCAUGUAAUUCAGUGUUAAACUCAAGAGACUUGAGACAGUUCCAUCAGAUGUCCUCUUCCAGUAUGUCAGCAGGCACCAAUUCUAGUUCUGCUUUUACUUCACAAUCAGAUGCAUUUGAGAGAUCUGACUUCAGUUGUGCGGAUAACAGCAUAAUAAAUGAGUCAGGACCAUCAAACAGUACUAAUACAAACAGUCACGGUUUUAUUCAAAGUAGUCAGUAUUCAAGUAUUGGUAGUAUGCAGAAUGAGCAAUUGACUGACUCAUUUGAGUUUGGAUUUUUUUCAGACAGCUUGUGAGAUGUAAAUGGUGAUUCAAGGUUUAAAUCCUUUUAAAAGUGUGCAGUUGUUUUAUGUUACAUAGAUGCAGUAUUUUAUAUUUCUCUGAGGCUAUAACAACAGGGAUUUUUGUUUUUGUUUUUAAUGUAUAAUAGUCCAAAAACUUCUUCAUUGAGAAGAGGUAUGUAAAACUGGGUGUGUAGGGGAUUCCUCUAACAGGCAGUCUUAGCUCUGGAGAUCCUGAUUUAGCUGUCAGAGGGUUUGUCAGGGUAUAAUGAAAGGUGAAUGCUCAUUGCUGAAGCUAUAGCUGAAAGAGAGGGAUGAACUCAUUUCUCCCUUCAGGAAGAGCUGGAAAAAGUCCAGCAUUUAUAGAAAGCUUUUGCUUCAAGAGUAGAUAAAUCCACCCAGACUGAGCUGUGUGAUGAUGUCCUAUAAAAUCCUACAUAAGCACUGAAAGUUACUUUCAACCUAAGUUAAAUCAUUAUUUGACCAUCUAAGUGUAUAUGAAUCUGUGACAUGUUAAAAUGAAUAAAAUCAAUUUUUCCAUUAAAAAAAAAAUUUGGGUAUGUAGAAUACAAAGUAAAAGGAAAAUUCCAAACUAGAAAAAGGACUUUACUGUUUCUUCUCCUGAAACCUGAUAUUGUGUGCACUGGGAAUUAGAGUCCCAUCACAUUUUUCCAAGGACCAAUUUCAGAACAGUAGAUCUCAUUUUCCAAACCUCCUUUUAUAUACUGCUUCAAUAAUGUAUUAAUGCAUUUUUAGUUAAAUGAAUGAACUAAUAUUUGCUUUUAAGCAAAUUUAAGGUAAAACCUGUAAUGACUAUGUCAUUGAAAAAAUUACUUAUAAUUUGGGCCAAGGUGACCCCUAAGGGGUUUUCUGAGGCUUGUUGAAGAAGACAUAACAAAAUUCCUUUAAAAUGUUUUAAGUUGGGGUCCUCCCUGGUGGCACAAGGGAUUAAGUCUCAGCACUAUAAAGCUAUGGGCAACCACGAUCCCUGGCCAGAGAGGUGACCCACAUGGCACAUCAGAUCUUUCCUGUCUCCUGUUUCUCCCCUCAGCAGUGUAUUUCAGUCAGUUCACAUGCUGUGCUCCCCACUCUGAUUCUGGUGAAUCCUCUCACCCCUCUCCCCGCACUUCUAUCCUAUACCCCAGUUUUUGCAUGCAUAAAUAAAAUCUUUGUUUAAAAAAGUGUUAAGUUGGGCAGAAGGUAAAGUGAGCUUUACCUUGAAGUCCAAAUUUUUUGUAUUGCUGAUAACUUUAACUUUACUACUUAUGUUUUGAAGGAAGAUUUCGUUAGAGCUCUCUUUUUUAUUAUGUCUUCAGUUCCUGUUAUUGCAUACAAUUUCAUACUGUCAACUCCCAGUUUCACUACUAGCUGAGACCUGUCCCCAGAACUCCAGCUUAAAGCUUAUGCGUAUGUGUAAAACUGACUUUUUGACUUCUCUGAGACAUUUAAUUAAAGCUCAAAUUCAACAUACCCAAAACUGAAUUCUUGAUUUUCCUUCCCUAACUUGCUUCUCCUUCAGCUUUCCCCAAAUCAAUAAAUGUCAAUAAACACUUCUAGUUGCUGAGGAUCCAAACCUUGGAGACAUCCUUGAUUCCUUUUUUUUCCCUUUUAUUUCCCAUAUCCAGUCCAACAACAAAUACAUAAGCCCAACCUUCAAAAUAUAUCCAAAGCUGACCACCUCUUUUUUUUUAUUAAAUUUAUUUAUUUAUAUAUAUUUUACAUCAUUGUUCAUUUUUAAGCAAUGUUUGCUUUCUUUUCUCAGGUGUAGUCCCCAUAGAAUUUCCUCCCUCCUUCCAUUCUCUUUCCCUCCCCCUGCAGGAUGUUUCUGGUUUAUAAUUAUCUGUUUUUGUUUUGUUGUGUUGUGUUUUGAAUUGUUACUAUUUUUUUCCCAUGAUGUCUUAUUGGUUCCCCUAUAUUCCUCCUAUAAGUGAAACCAUCCAAUAUUUUCUUUUUCCUUCUUAUUUCACUGAGCAUAAUUCCUUCUAGCUCCAUCCAUGUUGCCACAAAUGGCAUGAGUUUAUCUUUUUUGAUUGCUGAGUAGUAUUCCAUUGUGUAUAUAUGCCAUAUCUUCUUGAUCCAGUCAUCUAUUUUGAGGCAUUUGGGUUGUUUCCAUAUCUUACCUAUUACAAACAGCGCUGCAAUAAGCAUAGGGGUACAGGUAUUCUCUUGAAUCAGUGUUUUUGUGUUCUUUGGGUAGAUCUCUAGGAGUGGAAUUGCUGUGUCAUAUGGUGACUUGAUUUUUAGUAGACUGAGGAACCUCCAUACAGCUUUCGAUAGUUGACCACCUCUUUUGACCUCUGCUGUCAACAUCCUGUCCCAAGGCACCAUCACCUCUUACUUGGAUUGAAACUAUAGCUUCCCAAAAGCAUCCUUGUACCCCUACAGACUAUUCUUCCUAAAGUAGCUAAAGUGAUCAUACUUUUAAAACAAAUUAUAUCGAUCUUUUCAGAGCCAUACAGUGGCUCUCCAUCUCACUCAGAGUAAAGACCAAAAUUCUUAAAAUUAGCAGGCCUAAACUCCCUCUCUACCUCAUCUGCUACCAUUUCUCCCUCAUUCAGCUCCAGGCACUGUGGCCUCAGUGCUCCUCUUCAAAAACACCAACCAGAGUCUUGCAUCAGAACCUUUAUACUUGGUGUUCUCUCUGCCUUGAAUGAUUUUCUCUGAGAUAUAUGUAGAGUUUACACCUUUACAAACUUCAGUCACACUCAACUGUUAACCUGAUACAGCGUUCCUCGACUAUCUCUUGGCAUUUCAUGUCUUCCCCUCCUUUAUAUUUGUCCAUAGCACUUACCGUGAUUGGACUCUAUGAAGCAUAGAGUUUACUAUUUUGUUUCUACAAUACUAUGAAGCAUAUUGUUUACUAUUUGUUUCCCUAUACUGAAAUACAAGCCCCAUGAAGGCAGAAAUUUGUUUGUUGAAUCCUCAGUUUGUAGAACUGCCUCUUAUUAAGCAAUAUGAUAAGCAUAAUAAACAAUAAUUAGAAAAUAUUUAUUGAAUGUUCAGAGUAUUAAUAAAUAGAGCUUUGUUUUUUGAAAGGAGUAAAUAGCUUUAAUUAUUGUUUAUGAUUGUAAUUGUUUAAUAUGGCAGAAAUUUUUUUGUUUGUUGAAGUCCCAGUUUGUAGAAGUGUCUGCCUCAUAUUAAGCCAUAUGAUAAGCAUAAUAAGCAAUAAUCAGCAAAUAUUUAUUGAAUGUUCAGAGUACCACUAGAGCUUUGAAUUUUGAAAGGGGUAAAUAGCUUUAGUUAUUAAAUGUUUAUGAUUGUAAUUGUUUAAUAUGGCAGAAAUUUUUUUGUUUGUUGCAUUCCCAGUUUGUAGAAGUAUCUGCCUCAUCUUAAGCAAUAUGAUAAUAAGCAUAAUAAGCGAUGAUCAGUAAAUAUUUAAUGUUCAGAGUACUACUAAAUAGAGCUUUGUUUUUUGAAAGGAGUAAGUAGCUUUAAUUAUUAAAUGUUUAUGAUCUUUACAGUUCUGUUUUAUGUGACAUUGGAUUUAUAUCAGUCAUGUACUUAAAGUUGAGGAUUAAUAAUGUUAAUCCAAAUAGUGUAAAGCAAAGUAAUACCAGUAGCAAAAUGAUGGUAGGACAAUCUUAAUUAUGAUGGGACUAUCUUGAUACUAAGUAUAACUAACUUAAGACCGGUUUUGUUUUAUACCUAGAAACAAAAGAUAAAUAUGAAACAUUCUGUUACAUAAUUUUAAAAAUCAUAAGCACAUAAUUAAUAUACUUUAAUAGACCAUAGUAGGGGAUUGUUUAACACCUUCUGUGUUAGACAAGAGUUCUCUCAGAUUGACUUUUUUUUCCUAGUCUCAACCCCAGCCCUUGGUUGGUGCUGUUUUCCCCCUGGGUGUCCCGAAUGCCUUUAUAAAUCGGUUCCUCCUUGCAUUCUCUUCUUUCAUUAAUGGUAUUAUGAAAUGGUACUCAUUUACCCUGCCACCCAAGAUAUUUAAUAGGAAUCUCAAAAUCACAUUUUUUUAAUUCUUUUUCUCUUUCACACUCAUAGUCAUUAUGUCCUUUUGAGUGUACCUCCAGAAAAAAUCUCUUGCAGUUGUCCCUCUUUCAUUUCUACUGCUUACUUAGUAUAGGUCUUCGCUCUCUUUCCCCAACAAGAAUGUUUUUCAUAUACAGUUAAAAAAUAUCUCAUUCUCCCUUAGGCCCGAUUAUAGUUAACAUUCUCUGAAAAAAGUUUCUUAGACAAUAGGAACUCCAUGUCCUUAACAUGUUGUCCAUGCUGCCUCUGCUCUUCAACAGCUCUUAGCAGCACCAAAUAAUUUGUAAUACUACAAAUUGUUGAGUUUAAAGAUGUAGCCUUUAAGACUAUGCUUUUUGAUAGUUGAAGCACAGCUUUGCAUAUGCCCUUAUUGUAGACCUCCUUUUAAGUGAAUUAUAGUUGUUUAAGAUUUGUCUCAUUUAUACUUGGAAAGCCAUCACUCACCACAAUCCCAAGAAUAGUUGCUGCUGAAUAAAUGGUAGCUAUUUUUAAGAGGGAAGGGUGACAUUAACAUAGGUCUGUAUAAAAAUGUGGAUGAGGAUAAGAUUCUUAAUGGGAAAGGUACUUGACCUGCAGUGAUACCAAGAUUUCCAGCCUGUGAAAUACUUUACCCUAGUACUUUCUGUACUAAGGAGAACUGUAAUAGGGAGAAAUUGAAAGUUAUUAGGAUUCUUUAUUGUCUCUGACCUUGCUUCUCUCUAUGAUAUGUGGCAGGUUCAAUCUGCCACGUUGCAUUUCCUUGACUCCCUACCCCUGCACAGACACUCUAGUAUUCAUGCAAUUGAUAAUGUAUUACAUUUUUGAAUGUCUAAUGUGCAAAGCACCAUGUUCUUUUAAGGGAUAACAGUAAAAUGUAUAAAGUGAAUUAAUUAUAAAUGUGCAACUUAAUGAAUUUUUAUAUAUGUAAACAAUUAUUUCCUGAAGUUUCCUUCAUAUACCUUGCCAAUCUACCUGCUCCUACUGCUACUCUGAUUUAUAUUAUAAGAACAUAAUAUAUGUUCUUAAUGGCCUUUUAAAUUAGAACUAUAGUGAACAUCAAUAGCUGGGUCAUCAAUUUCUAAUUUAAUGCUUCAGAAAAACUGUACUUGCCAUGUUAAGAGACUUGUAUUUCAUGAUUCAGGCUGCUUAGUAGCACCAAAUAAUUUGUUAUAUCACAAAUUGAUUGUUGAGGUUAAAGACAUUGCUGUAAAUGUUAAAUAGCAUGAAAAAUGGAAAGAAUAGGGAUUUUUUCGUCAACACAUUUGGGUUUGAAUAUUAAGCUCUCUCACUUAAAGCUGUUUAUUAUUUAGCAAAUCAUACCAUCUGUGAAUCUCUCUUCAGAUAUAAAAUACAGAUAAUUCCUAACCUGCCUGCCUCACAAGGUGUGUAGUAUUAAAUUGAAAAUGCAUAAGAAAUACUGUAAAAUUAUAUAAUGCUAAUCAAAUGUUAUUAAACCAACACACACACAUACCUCCUGUGGCUCUGAUUAAGCUCUAAUCCAAAACACUCCUUCCAUUUGUCUGAUACAUGGCAGGGUGAAAAUAUCACUAUGAAUUAGUCUUAAGGAAGAACCCUAAGGAGGGUUUCUCUUUAGAGUGGCUAGCCAUUGUCCAGAUCUUGAGGACCUUUAUUUCUUAUUCUUUCCAGAAACAUUUUCUAUUAUAUAAUGAUGAUAAUGACUUCCAGUUCUGAAACUGUAACUCUGAAUUUCUUUGCCAAAGUUGAUUAUGAAUUGGAAGUAGUUUGACUAUCUUCCUAAGCAGGAUUAUCAUCAUAGCUAAGGAAGCUGCAACUGAAAAACUUCUGAUCAACUUUGUUUUCAAAGGUUGAGUAUGAAAAGUACAAAAUUAGAAUCCUUUUUGCAUUAUAUAUAAUAGAAAACUUCAUGCUAUUUAACAUAAGUCCAACUUCAUGCUAUUUAACUACCCUCAUUAGUAAGCAAAAUGCUGAUACAGUUUUUUCUAAGUACUUUUCUAUUCUAAAUGACUCUGGCUUUAGGUGAAAAACACCAACUGCUAGUAAUUAAUCUAUUUAGAGAAGGUAGAACUUACCAUACUCUAACAUUUUUAUUUGUUUCAACAACCUAAGUUUACUAUUGGACUUUAGAAAAUUUGAAGAAUUACAUGUGCUUUUGUCUGCAUAAAUAAAUCUAAAAAAUAUAUAUAAGCUUUGCACAAAAGGUAGUAAAAAAUAGACAAUUGAAAGACUUUGGGAUCCAUUUGUGGAAUUCAAUCUCAGAGACUCAAUUGGUGACACAGUUGCUUUUAUUAGCGAAUUAGUUAAAAAUGCUAACCACUAUUGCACAGUUAAGAUACCUUUUAGGUGAGACAGAAAGGACAACACAAAGUCUUUGGGUAAUGGGCAUUCUUAAUGCGUGGUUCAAACCAGAUGACCCCUUCAGAACUGACAGCUUCUGUUUUAAAAGAAUGUACUUAAAAUACUGCUGGCUGAUAUCCAGAGCCCUGCGAAGUGGCACUAUUUUCUGACAGUUCCAAAUAUUUUUACAUGCUUCUUAAUGACAUAAAUGAAUUUUGAGGUACUGAUGAAAUAUGAGUUUUGAAAGUUCUCAGGUACUGUUCAAUUAUUUAAUGUUGUGUGAUACCUAGAUGCAAACAUUUUUCAGAUGUCAAAUACCUUUAUUGUACAUAAUAUUUUAUUACCUUUGUAAUGUCUUUGUAUACAGUGAUUUUUUUCUUGGUAAUAAAUGGAAAAAAUUGUAAAUUCCUUAAUAUUUUGUUGCUACUUGAUAUAAAAAUGAUUGUCUUGUAGAAA